AUGCGCUUCAAUCUAUUGAAGAUGUUCCAAGGUAGACAGUCUUCUAUAGAUCGUAGACGCCGUGAACAGCUUAGUCGCCUGAAUGACCUCGACGACGGGUUCAGUGAUCGCUUUAACGAUCACUUCCACGAUAGUCUGCGAGACUCAAUGUAUGGUUACCAAGCAGUACGACCUCUGGAAGCAGAGUUAUCAGACAACAAUGACAAGUUUCUACCACCGCCAAUCGAAAUUGCACUUCCAUCUGACUCCCCCCGCAGGCCUAUCAUAGAUGACGACGAGGAAGACGACGGCAGCUUCAUUCAUGUCGAUAGCCCUUCAUCAGUGAUGUCGGGGGUUAUCCCCAAUGUUCAUCGUCAGGACGAUGAAAACUCACCAUUCGGGCUAAACGUGAUAGCGCCAGGCGGUUUGGCACGCAAAAAAUCGCUACCUCCUCAACGAAUUCCCAGUCGGUACACUCCCUCAGCCCCACGCCCACACGAAAAAGCAAGGCGAUACACGGAGGAAGACGUCAUAGUGCUGAGCACGACAGAGUCGGAUACAUCUGUGAGUAAUGAACCCACAGGUUAUGGAAAACCACGAGCCCCCGCUCGUUUAGAUAGAAUGAACUCAUCCAAUAUCAAUCGUCCCCGGCGGAUGAACUACGCGCCUCAGCCAGUACCCUAUACGAGAGAGCCCACGGUUGUUUUUACGAAUUCCGUAAAUGAAGAGAUCAAGCCCUCACAUGAGCCAUAUCAAUAUGUUCGCGAAGAAUACGAGCAGCAACGUGUAAUUGCUAUACCCAGUACCACUAGUAGCUCCAUGUACUAUAUUGUACCUGGAGGAAUGAAUGUCAUAUUCCAAGAUGAGAACGGGAACGAGAUAACCAGGCAUGGGCAAUUUACAUAG